GUAUGGAGACCCCGCCCACUCAAGAUAGUCCUCCCAUGACGUCACUACAGAUCAUUGCGGAAGUAAACCGAGCAACGAAACAGACCGAAACCCAAACAAGUUGGUGUGUACGCUUGACCAAUAUUUCCAGGUAGUCUGUCAUCAUGCUGGGAGGAGGAUUCAAAGCAGAGAGGCUAAGAGUUAACCUCCGGCUGGUCAUUAAUCGACUGAAACUCCUUGAGAAAAAGAAAACUGAGCUUGCUCAAAAGUCCAGGAAGGAGAUCGCAGAUUAUCUGUCAUCAGGAAAAGAUGAGCGGGCUCGGAUCCGUGUGGAGCACAUCAUCAGAGAGGACUAUCUGGUGGAAGCCAUGGAGAUCCUGGAGCUCUACUGUGACCUGCUGUUGACUCGCUUUGGCCUCAUUCAGUCUAUGAAGGAACUGGACCCAGGCCUACAAGAGGCAGUGUCCACUCUCAUCUGGGCAGCGCCUCGUCUCCAGGCAGAGGUGUCUGAACUAAGAACUGUCUCUGAGCAGCUAUGUGCAAAAUACAGCAAGGAGUACGGCAAGCUGUGCAGGACAAACCAGAUUGGCACGGUCAACGAUAGGCUGAUGCACAAACUGGGUGUGGAGUCCCCUCCUAAGAUCUUGGUGGAGCGCUACCUGAUAGAGAUCGCCAAGAACUACAAUGUGCCGUACGAACCCGACGCCAUGGUCCGGCCCGAGGUGGGUCCUGGAGAAGAAGCUGACCUGAUUGACGUGGACAAUGACAAGAAGUUUGGAGGAGGAAGAGGUGGCGGCGGCGGUGGUGGUGGCGGUUUCACAGCUCCUGCUGGUGUCAUGCCCAUGCCCAUGCCCAUGCCCAUGCCUAUGCCUAUGACCAUGCCCAUGCCCAUGCAAACGGCUUUCAACUAUCCAGGUCCUAAAGGACCCGAACCAUAUAACCCUGCUGUUGGAACCUACAACAACUUCCAGCAUGCCAUGGGAGGAGGGCAGCCCCCUCAGCUGCCUUCUUGUCCCCCCACAUACGAGUCCAUUGAUGACCUGAGUGACAAACCUUCUGUUCCUUCCCAGGUCACAGGUCCUGGCCCCUCAGCUCAGCUAUUUGACAACAAUGCGCUCCCGGAACUCCCCUCCGUUCCUGAUACACUCCCCGCGAGUUCCUUCGGCAGAAACAACACCACCUCGGAUGACAUCGACUUUGACGACUUAACGCGGCGGUUUGAGGAGCUGAAGAAGAAGACCUAAUGCUUUGUCCCUGGUCUAUACACACACAUAUACACACAGGCAUGUGCUGUCAUCCGAGCAGCGGGGAACUGGAAAUAAGUUGGAUGGUUCUCUCCCUUCCACGUUGAAGUAAUCUUAGAUGGAUAUUAAACAUACAAGGAUGUAUUCAUUUCCAAUUCCUCAUCUAUACAAAUAUAACCUUUGGCAGUUAGUGGUAACGUCAUUUAUGUUGGGUGUACUAUUGAGUACCAUAUUUUAAAUUUCUUUCCAGCACAUACUAUAUAUUCUUACAUACAGUUAUGUGGGUUUUGACUUCUGUUCCCUCCUCCUUCUGUUCACACAGACUUCUAUUUGUUCCCAUCUGUCAAUGUAAUACAUCUCUAUAACACUAUACAACCAAACUUAGAUUUGGAUCCUUACUUCUCUCUGUUUAUUGUUUUUCUUUGGAGUGGGGAGAUGAAUAUUUUCAGUACAUGACGUCUUGCGUCUGCAUUGAGUAACACAGUUGCAGCGUCAGACUAGUCAAACCGGGCAGACUGGCCUGCACACGUUGAUGGGGAGUUGCCAUUGACAUUCAAAGGCCAGACAUAGUUUCCAAGACGCACAUUUUUCUCUUUCUCUUUUUACAUGAAGGUAUGAGGACAGAACGAUACCAUAUUUUCUGUGUCUUGUGGGGUUGUGAAUUGGUUUCUGAGUAGAAAAGGCUUACACUCCAAGUUUAGUGUGUGUGUGCGUGUGUUAACCCUCCUGGGAAAGUCCAGCGACGCAUGUCAAACCAGUCGCAUGGGUGGUGACUCACAGAUGUAAAGUGAUAAGACAGUGAAUGAAAUCCUCUAAUAUAAUACACUUCAAAUGAUGUACAUAGACAAUAUGAAUAAAUAAUUGACCUGUACUGGGGGAAAAAAAAGUUUGUUAGUAAGAAGUUUGACUUUCUUUUUUCCUCCCCUUUAAAUGUCAGUCUUACCAAAUGCCUUUUAACAUUAAAGUAAUUAAUUUACAAGCUACAUGUGUGCACACAAGAGCAGCGACAUAAUUGGAUUGAGAUAUUAACCCCGGAGGCGAUUGGUUUGCGUUGUCCUUAUGUGAUCAUGUGUCUGAUACUGUCGGUCCACCACUGUAUUUGCCUUAGUUACAAUUUCUCAUCAGAGGCCUUUCCACUCUGUACCAGGGUAAUUUGUUUUCAAACAAAACUGAAUAAAUCUUAUCUGUAUGGGUUUUGAUUGGAUUACACUUUGCUUUAAAUGUUCUGCCCUUAAACUAUCUUUUGAGGUAUUUUACAAUGUGUAGUUGCAGCACCUGUACUGUCAAUAGAAGUCGGAUGUUUCUAUUUCCUGUGGAGAAAUGUGAGCCAGAGGGUUUUAGUUAUCGUGCCGCUGUGUAGCUGCAACGUUACCCCACCCAGCUCUGCUUUCACGCCAAAUGGACAAUGGCCUUGAGUACAAUGACUCAGCGAGAUCUGAAGCAAAUUAAAAGACUCGCCAGCUGAUUGGUUGGUUUAGAUUAUUUUAGGUUUUACAUGUUGUGGGGAAAAUAGAGAUUAGAAACACGAUGGAACUGUGAUCUGCGCACUCUUUUCUAUGAUAGACUGUUCUUUCAUGCUACACUUUGAGACACAGAAUUGUGAUAAAAAAAGUUUUUCCCACUGUAUACUAAUAUAAGAAUUUAAUAAAAAUAGUAUUUGGAAGUGCAA